CUUUGAGGUUGAAAAUUUAUUGGGCCGACGGUCGUGGACUAUUUACUAAAACCCAACAAAAGCUACCCUCUGAUAAUGUACGACCCAAAGUUAUAUGUUUAGAUAUAGCUACCUUUACACCAUUAAAGCCCACUCGCUUGCCGUCGACUUCCUUCCCUCCGCCUGCACCACCGCCUGCGACGUCCCUCGUCCGCCUCCGUGUCCGCCGGUCGCCGCCUGCUGUCGUCUCUCUAGAAAUAGUUUAUUAGCGGGAAACUUCGUCUUUUAUUGUAUAGAGGUGACUUCGAAUCCUCUCUCUUCAUUCCUCUUCUAUUGUAUAAAGGUGCCUUUUACUAAGCUUACUCGAUUGAAACUGCUUUUGUAUUUUUGCGAGCUAUGAUGCACCAAAAAAAACAAUACUUAUGUUUUUGUGUGAAACGAAAUGGACAUCUGAUGAAAACCAAUAGCUGUUUGUGAAAAUUACUCUUAUAGUGACAUAGUGUAGAAGUAGUUUUUGAUGGUUUGAUUAGGAUCAUUAAAAUCAUCGGCAUUCCCGAGGUUUGAGAUCAGCGAAUGUUUAAGCCAAGGGGAACAAUGUGUGAAAAUGUGAACCGAACAGUAAUUGGUUCUAAAAUUGGUGAGAUUUUAGGAAAAUUUCGAAUUGCUUGUUACCUGUCUACAUGAGAAACAGAACUUGAUUCGACCAACGAGUACAGCUCAUUAGAGAGGCGAAUUCAGUUCUGAAAUGAUGAGAUCUGCGGAGGAUUUCAAAGGGCUUAUUUCUUAGACGAGUUGCUUUCGAGAUGCAAAUUAUGCGUAACUCCUUAUCAUGCUCCUGACUUUUGUUUAAUGACUGCACAUGCUCUUUUGGGGUUUCUUGAAACACAGGCAAUGUGUAUAACUGCGUAAAACAUGCAAUGCAUAUGUGAAAAUGUGCAGAGUGUAACAUUUGUUAGAAUGUGCACUGUAAACGCGCAACACUGGAAAUGCAUACAUAAAAUUAUGUAGAACAUGCCUGAAUAUGUGCAACUUCAUUUGGUUGAGAACAAUUAUGGUACUUAGUGCAGAGUGUUAUGCAAGUAAGAAAAUUAUUGGGAUAGUUUGAGUCUUUCAUGUAUCUUCUUUUUCCAGUUGUUUUGUCUCCUGAUCGAAAUCAGAAAAUGUGUUACCAAUUAAUAGUAAUGGAUCCUUAGUUAUUGAUUAUCAAUUUAUUUCUGUUGUUGUCAUGCUACAUGUCCCAUUUACAAGUGAACUUAUUAAGUUGUUUCAGUACUUAGUAUCUGCACAAAAUAGUCAAAUGAAUUCGAGAUUUGGAUAAGAUUGCAUGUUUAGCUUGAAAACACUUGUAACUUGUUUCAUUUCCUUAAUCAGUGGGAUUCUGAUUCGAAUUUCAUCAAGCAGAAACAUGUUAAAUAUCCUAUUAUGUUUUGGUGAGUUGUGAGAAGUUUUAGGCUUUCAGCUUUUUAGAAGCAUAAUCAUUUGUUGGAGAGUAAUUCAUUUUGCUUCGUGAUGUUUCUUAUAGAUGGGGGAGCUAAAGGCUGAAAAGCAUGUGAAAUACAUCCUAACAGUUGAAAAGAAGAAGGAUGAUUUUGAAUCUGUUGUGAUGGAACAUCUUCGGUUGAACGGUGCAUACUGGGGUCUGACAACUCUUGAUCUUCUUGGAAAGCUUAACGCGGUAGAUCAAGAUGAAGUAAUUCCUUGGGUGAUGCAGUGCCAACAUGAAUCUGGUGGUUUUGGUGGUAAUAUUGGCCAUGACCCACAUUUGUUGUACACUCUUAGCGCUAUUCAAGUUUUGGCUUUAUUUGACAAGAUCGAGAUUCUUGACAUUGAUAAAGUUUCAAACUAUAUCGCUCGUUUACAAAAUGAAGAUGGGUCCUUUGCUGGUGAUAUUUGGGGUGAAAUUGACACAAGGUUCUCUUACAUUGCUAUAUGUUCGCUUGCACUGUUAAAGCGGUUGGAUAAGAUUGAUGUGGACAAAGCUGUGAAGUACAUCGUUAGUUGCAAGAAUCUUGAUGGUGGAUUUGGAAGCACCCCUGGGGGAGAGUCCCAUUCUGGACAGAUUUUUUGUUGUGUGGGAGCUCUUGCUAUUACUGGUUCUUUGCACCAUGUUGACAAAGAUCUCCUUGGGUGGUGGUUAUGCGAGCGGCAAGUCAAAUCUGGAGGUCUAAAUGGGCGUCCGGAGAAGCUUCCUGAUGUAUGCUAUUCAUGGUGGGUUCUUUCUAGCUUGAUAAUGAUUGACAGAGUUCAUUGGAUUGACAAGGAAAAGCUCAUCAAAUUCAUUUUGGACUGUCAGGUAGGUUACUUUCAUUGUGUACUAUACUAUAAUUAUUCUUGCAACCUCAAUGGAGAAGAUUAAAGAGUCUUUUCCGGGAAAAAAAAAAAUGCAGGAUACCGAGAAUGGAGGGAUUUCAGAUAGGCCUGACGACGCAGUUGACAUUUUUCAUACCUAUUUUGGAGUUGCGGGUCUUUCACUUCUGGAAUACCCUGGAGUGAAAGCGAUUGAUCCAGCUUAUGCGUUACCUGUUGAUGUUGUAAAUAGAAUUUUCAUUGGCAAAUAGAUUCUGUAUUUGUAAUUCGCACCCGUAAUUUUCCAAAGGCUGUAUUUGAAGUCUCUGGAUUUUGUAGACAUUCCCUUUGGAAACACCCAUCAAAUUUGUAUUUAAUUGACUUCUACUUCAUUUAAUAGCCCUUCUGAAAAGUUAAAAUACAACGAAAAUGAUCAUAAUCUAUAAUUUAGCAUGGGCGAAAUAUUUUUUUUUUUUUAAAAACAAUUAAUUACAGCAAAAAUAGCUACAAGUUGCUCAUUGUCUUCGUUUGAUACCAAAUGUUUAAAAAUAAACCAUGCGCCACUAUAAAGUUGAAUAGUGUCAUCUUUAACUUUUCUGUUAGGUUUCGCCCAAAAAGUAACGAUUAACUCAUUUUUCACGUGUAUUGACCAAAGGGUAAUUUUGACUUUUCAAAAAUAAAAUAAAAAAUAUUUUAAAAAAUUAUUAUUAAAGGCCGCCACCACCUCCGCCAGUUUACACCCCAACACCAACUUACCAAAACCCACCUCCGCCUCCGCCAGUGUAUCAAAGCCCGCCGCCGUCGCCGCCGCCAAUACUCCAACUCCGACACCAAGUUACCAAAGUCCACCUCCGCCACCUCCAGCUUACACCCCGACACCAACUUAUCAAAUCCCCUACCGCCAUAUCCAGUUUAUACUGCACCACCUACUUACCAAAGUCCGCCUCCACCACCGCCACCAACUCCGACUUAUCAACGUCCACCCCUACCACUACCGGUUUACACACCAACACCAACCUAUCAAAGCCCCUCUCUACCUCCUUCAGCCGAAUGUAAUGAACUAGUCCCACCACCACCUCCUACAUGGCAACCACCAUCAUCUCCGCCGCCAUCUCCUCCAUAUUCCUACACCUCACCACCACCUCCAUCCCCGUCCCCACCACCUCUGGUAGUAUAUUCUUCACCCCCACCACCUCAAUCUCCACCGCCACCAUAGCCUCCAUCCCCAUCGCCACCUCCGCCGGUGGUACAUUCACCUCUACCUCCAUCACCAUCCCCACCACCUCCUCCAUCCCCAUCGUCAAUUUCAUUUACAGUUGAUGGGAUUUGUGGGUUCUGGAUAUGAGAUGAAAUUGACGGUGUUUGCCCCUUCGGACGAUGAUUUGAGUUGAUGGGAUUUGUGGGUCGAUUCUAAAAAAACUUUUGGAUUUUCUAUUAGGCUUUUUGAGAUGAUAAUUUGAGUUGAGAUGAUAAUUUGAGUUUAACAUCAGAUUCGGCAGCCAUAAUUUUCUUAAGUUAAUGAUUUUCUUCUAAAAACGAGCUGCCCAUGUUGAAAACGUGUUGUGUCGCCGCUGCCUGAUUUGUGGUGGACAGAAUUAAUGGCACUCGGAGUACUCUUGGAGGUCAAUUCUUUAAGUUUUUAACAUCUGAAAUUUUGAAAUCAGGAAAAGAAUUUCAGAUCAGCAAGCCGGUAGCUUGAGAAAUUUCAUCACCCACGAUGAUGAUUGAAAGACCCUUUCCCCGGGUUGAGAAUUCUUCAAGCUUUUUUUUUUUUUUUUUUCCAAACUCUAAUAGCGAUGAAUUGAUGGUGGAGCUCAUUUUGAGUUGGGAUGAAUUAAGGUGAU